CGGGGUCCGGCCCUCGGCAGCUGUCGCCCGGUGCCAUGAGAGGCCUCGGGCCAGGCCUGGCGGCGCGGCGCCUCCUCCCGCUGCGCUUUCCCCCGAGGCCGCCGCGGCCCCCGGGGCCCCGGCUGUGCAGCGGGCCUCCGGCGGCGGCGGCGGCCGGAGCCCCGGAGCGCGCCAUGGAGGAGCUGCUGCGCCGCGCCGUGCCGCCCGCGCCGGCCUACGAGCUGCGCGAGAAGACGCCGGCGCCCGCCGAGGCGCAGUGCGCCGACUUCGUGAGCUUCUACGGCGGCCUGGCCGAGCUGGGCCCGCGGGCCGAGCUGCUGGCCCGCCUGGCGCAGGGCUUCGGCGUGGACCACGGCCUGGUGGCCGAGCAGAGCGCCGGGCUGCUCCAGCUGCGCCAGCAGCCGCGCGAGCCGGCCGCCCUGCUGCAGGCCGAGGACCGGCUGCGCCACGCGCUCGUGCCGCGCUACCGCGGCCUCUUCCGCCUCAUCGGCCGGCUGGACGGCGGCGCGCGCUUCCUGGUGCGGCUGCGCGCGGACCUGCUCGAGGCGCAGGCGCUCAAGCUGGUGGAGGGGCCGCACGUCCGGGAGAUGAACGGAGUGCUGAAAGCCAUGCUGUCCGAGUGGUUUUCUUCAGGCUUCCUGAACCUCGAGCGGGUCACCUGGCACUCGCCCUGCGAGGUGCUUCAGAAGAUCAGCGAGGCCGAGGCCGUGCAUCCGGUGAAGAACUGGCUGGACAUGAAGCGCCGCGUGGGGCCGUAUAGGAGGUGUUACUUCUCGUCUCACUGCUCCACCCCCGGGGACCCCCUGAUUGUUUUGCACGUGGCGCUCACCAGUGACAUCACCAACAACAUCCAGGCCAUCGUGAAGGACUGCCCUCCGUCGGAGGUGGAGGAGAAGAACAAGAUCGCAGCAGCCAUCUUCUACUCCAUCAGCCUGAUCCAGCAGGGCCUGCAAGGCGUGGAGCUGGGCACCUUCCUCAUAAAGCAAGUGGUCAAGGAGCUGCAGAAGGAGUUCCCGCACGUGGGGACGUUCUCCAGCCUGUCGCCCAUCCCCGGCUUCACCAAGUGGCUGCUGGGGCUCCUGAGCCCCCAGGCGAAGGAGCACGGGCGGAAGGAGCUGCUGACGGACGCGGAGUCCAGGGACAUCAGCGAGGCCACGGGCGGGCCCGCCCUCGAGACCCUCCGGGUGCACCUGAGCAGCAACGAGUGGGUGAAGUCGGAGCGGCUGGUGCGCGCCCUGCAGCCGCCCCUCCUGCGGCUCUGCGCCUGGUACCUGUACGGCGAGAAGCACCGCGGCUACGCCCUCAACCCGGUGGCCAACUUCCACCUGCAGAACGGGGCGGUGCUGUGGCGCAUCAACUGGAUGGCGGACAGCAGCCCCCGGGGCCUCACCAGCUCGUGCGGCCUCAUGGUCAACUACCGCUACUUCCUGGAGGAGACCAGCGCCAACAGCGCGGCCUACCUGGGCGCCAAGACCAUCAAGGCUUCCGAGCAGGUCCUGGGCCUGGUGGCCCAGUUCCAGAGCAACAGCAAGCUGUGAGCCCGGCCGAGGGCGCGCGGUGGGUGGGAGCAGCCCGGAACCACGUCCCACGGGAGCCGAUGGGAGGCACAGCUGCGCUGUGCACGCGCGCGCGCACACACACCCCCUCCUGCGGCAAGGUGCUCUGCCGGGCCGCGCCCACUGCCCCCGCCCCGCCCGAGGGGCCUGCGCCCUCCCAGCCUCCACCGCCGCCCUGGUGCCGGAGCCUGGGGAGACGCAGGCCGGGCCCGGAGGAGAGCACGUUCUCCCCAGAGCCUGCGCUCCAGCCCGCCGGGGCCACCGCCACGGAGAGCGAGAGGGAAGGCUGCGCCGCGUUUACCAGCUCGGACCCAGGGAAAGCCCCAACUGUGUGCCGAGUACGCCAGGUUAAACGUGGAAGACGUUUCUCUUGAAGGCCUCACUUGGGUUCUAGGCUUUAAAAUUACAAUUCAGGUUCAUAGUGAACUAAGUAGUAAAGAACAUGUUUGUUCAAUAAAGUUUUAACUGUGA